AUGUGGUCUGCAAACACCAAGAUUCGUCUUCCUUACCCAUUUUUGACAACAUUCCACCUUGUUCCAUUACAUGACGCUCAAAAGAAUGAGGUGUUUCAGCUGGGCGAGGAAGAAGGCUUUGCUGGCGACGCUCCUCUGCCUGUAGAACUCCACCAUGACAGUAUUUCAUUCACGAGACCAAGAGUUUCAACCUCCACUGGUCUUCCCGCAAUCACUGCUUUACGUCAACAAGGGCCUCGACAGGGUCCCGUUGGCAUAUGUGCAUGGAGCAGUACUGGAGUCGUCACACUCAGUCAUAUUUGGCUAGUCCUCUACACGAUAUUUACCAUCGAACCCGACCUAGAGACAUUUCGACUACAAUUAAAGGGGCCUGGUAGUGAUACCAUAAGCAAGGACUUGCGUCUGUCCAUGGUGGCCCUCGAUUCCGAUGGAUGCUCUGUGAUUUUCCGCAACAGUUUCUGGCAGGGGUGCGCCUCGCCGCUAGGCUCUCAUUCGAUUUGGACAGCGUCCGCAAAAAGCGCCGUGCCACAUGUACACUACGUGACCACGUCUACAACAAAAUUACGGCGCAGCCACCCACUCCGUCCUCCCAAAUCUGCAUCAGGCUCGAUCGCUUACAGUCGUUACAUUCCAAGUUUGGAUAAAGUCUUUUCUCUGGUUGUUAUUGAUCAUCAGGACCCGACCCAUGUCGAAUUCUUCCACCAGUCACGAAGAACAUCUUCUCCAACCAGAGACUUAGGAAUGCAAGGGGACUCCCUCGAGGAGGACUAUGAAUACCUUCGCAGACAAAACGAUGACGCACAUACAAUCGGUCUACUGGGUCAAUUUGAUGGGACAUUAUUUGGAUAUUUUGAGGUGUUCUGGGCCAAGGAGGAUCCUUUAGGCGUGGCCAGCGACGCUGGUGAUUUUGAUCGCGGAUUGAACUCCUCGAUCGGAUACUCUUCCUUCAAAUCUCGGCGCUGGCUGCAAGCCUGUUGGUCAAGCUUACUCCACUACAUCUUUCUUGAUGAGCAUCGGACGGAAAAUAUCAUCGGUGAUGGGGUGUGGGGUCACGAGCUACUGGGCGACGCUUCGUUUGAAUUACUGGAGGACGAGAUGGUGCAAUUGCCACAUCAGCGGGUGAAUCUUACAAGAUAUUCACGUGAAUUGUUCUUCUCACUCUGUCCAUUCGAUGGGGUACUGGAGGACGUUAAUUUACAGCUGCCCUCUCGUUUAUAG